CCAUAAUUUGUUAGCCCAAAUUCAAAUUGGGCAAUGAAGGAAUCAAGAAGUGCACGCACUAACCUGUAAUCUCUCCGUCCGCCUCUCAAGUUCUUCCUCCGGCGACCACCGUGUCUGACCACCGUCGUGUGACCUCUCGAAUCUCGAUUAUCUGAUACCAAAUGUUGGCUCCACGUCAAGUGCUCACCAGAGCCUUAACUUUCCGCCACAUUAGACAAUCAUCCACUGCCGCAGCUUUAGUUCAAGAAACCAACGAACUGCCGCUCACGUAUCUCGAAGGUUUCCCGAAGCCAGAUGCGAAACACGCAGAGACCAUUAUCGCAUUGCCACGUGCGCAGUCUGGGAAAAAUAUAUCCGCUAAAGAGCGCAAGGCUGGACGCGUACCGAGCAUCGUGUUUGAGCAAGAGGAUGGCCAGCACGGAGGUAACAAACGACUCAUAUCUGUUCAGAAUAAUCAGAUCAAGAAGCUUGUAAAUCACCUUGGUCGUUCUUAUUUUAUGUCACGCCUUUUUGACCUUGAGGUUCGGCCCGAUGUUGAAAGUGAGGAUAUCAUUGAAAAAGUCCGCGUCUUGCCCCGACUGCUUCAUGUUCAUGCUAGCACAGAUGCGGUGCUUAAUGUUACAUUCAUGAGAGCACCAUCUAAUGCUUUGUUGAAAGUUGAUGUUCCGCUCGUGUUUAUUGGGGAUGAUGUGUCACCUGGGUUGAAGAAAGGGUCUUAUUUAAACAUCAUACAGAGAACGGUGAAGUUCAUAUGCCCUGCGGACAUAAUCCCUCCGUUUAUCGAGGUAGAUCUGAGUGAGUUAGAUGUGGGCCAGAAGCUGGUAAUGGGGGAUCUGAAAGUUCAUCCUGCUCUCAAACUUGUUCGCCCCAAAGACGAACCUGUUUGCAAGAUUGCAGGGGCAAGGGUUUCUGCUGAAUCCAAAAAGUCUAAAUAAAUUUCCAACUUUUAUCUAUAAAGAUUUUCAAACUUCAGAUUGUUGUUAGUUCUAGCGCAGCAGUUUCAUUUAUCUAUUGAGCUUUAUAAAAACUAAUGAACAUGGGUUUUUAUUAUAUCGUAGAUCCGUUUUCUCGGUUGUCUGGAAA